ACGAUAGAUUUCCGUUCCCAAAAUGGAUGCUGAUGGGUUACCGAUUGUUGGACCAGGGGUGGACUACUCAAAGGUUCGUCCAAUCCAUCAGAAAAGAACCUUAGCUUUUCUGAAUCAUUUUCUAAUCCGAACCACUUCCUUUUUGAAUCACUUUGCCACUGUUUGUGAUGAAAAAUUGGAGAAUUUGUUGACCAGAAUACAGAAGUUGGAGUCUUCCAUGAGCAUUCUAGAGGCUAAGCUUGCAUCAAUACCUGGUCUAGAGAAUGUCACUGCAUGUACACAACCAGUAGAAAACCAAAAUAUUGAAACCCCUGUUCUGCAGCCUCCAGUUGAGGCUCCAGCUGAAGAACCUAUAGCAAUGACAGAAAAAACUGUUCAGCCAGAAAAACCAGUUAUGACCAUUUCUCAGGAUCCAAGGUUUGCCAAGUACUUCAAGAUGUUAAAUUUGGGUGUUCCUGUUGCUGCUGUCAAGCACAAGAUUUUUAUGGAGGGACUGGAUCCAAAUAUUUUAGAUAACCCUGAUGCACCAGCACCAACUGCUGAUCAAGAAGAAAAUUCUGAUGCUAGCAGUGACACUUCAAGUAGUUUCAGUGACUAGAUUGAGCUUAUUGUUUUUGACACAAAUUGAAGAAAGAUAUUUAAUCAAACAGAAUGGGAGAUAAAUGAAGAUAAUGUCCAGCUUAAUGUUUUUCAUAACAUUACAGUGUUUCCAUUAAAGAAAUAACAUUAGUAAAAAUACUGGUCCACUUCACAAAAAUUUAUUAUUCUAACUUUCUUGGCUACUACUUUUUUUUCCCGCUUGGGUAACUAACUUAUUAAACUAUAAAAAAGUUACUUCAGCCUGUUACCCACAAAUAAACUCUGAUAACAGUAUAUGAAAAUCAUGAAGUAACUGACAGUAUUCUGAGUGAUUAAUAAUUAUUUCAUGUUUUUACUUAGUAAUUAGGCUGUUUAGCUAUGAUUAAAUGCCAUAUUUCUGUUAAAGUGCUAAUUAUAUGAAGGAAAUGGUAUUUAUAAUGGUGAUUAGAAUUACGUAGUUAAAAAAUAAGGUGUUAUUUUGUAUUAAAGUAUGCAGUAUCUCCUUUCCCUUUUGUAAUUAAAAAAAUAUUGUGGUUGAUUAUUGAUAUAGUGAUAUUCAUUUCUCAUGUAACCCUUUUCUUGUAAUUCAAGUCCGUUUCAAUAUGGCAUUGCACACAUCUACCAGUGAAAACUAUCAGUAACUUUAAUACUUAAUGAUAGCUGAAAGUUUUAUAAGUUGAUAAAAAAAAAACAUUAUUUUAAACUUGUUUUUGCAUUUCAUUAUAAUUCUUUAUGAGUGAAAAUUAUGACAUUUGAAAUUAUUUUACCAGUUAAGAUUUUGAAUGUUAUUUUUCUCUUAUCUUGGUAGGAUUUCCUCAUUGACCAAGUUUAUGAUCUCAUGAUAAAUAUGCUUGUUUGACAUAUGUGUCAUAAUGUAAAAUAUAAAGUGUAGAAAGAAACUUUUUCACUAGUCCAUUGAAAUAGAGAUACUGUGAAACAAUAAAACAUUUACAUAGCUGUUGAAAGUUUCACUAAAUUAUUUAUGUAGAGACCAAACAAGUUGUACAUUUGUAAUACUUUUGUAGUCUAGGAGAAUCAUUGCAGUUAAUCCAAGUUGAAUAUUCUGUAUGUGUCUGAAGAUUUAUGGUUAUGAAUGUUUUUGUUAAGUUUUAUGUGGUAGACCUUGCUAAUCUACUCCCAUGUCCACACUAUGCUUACAUCAAUAGUCUCAAAAGAAACUAUGUUCUUAAAACACUUAUUGCUUUCUUUGUUGUAAGAUAUUAACAGUAUUUCCUGCCAAAUGCCUUUGCACUUGUAAUACAUAAAAAAUAUCAUUAAAAAUGUGAAAUUGA